AUGGAAAUCCGUAGAGAAAAGCAAGGAUUUGUCAUAGGACAAAGGCAAUUUACCUUGGAUCUUUUGACAGAAUUUGAUUGCACAGGUCCAGCAGCCGGAUCUCUGCUUUGCAGUCCUUUGUUUAAAUCAGUACAUGCAACACCUUUGCAUUUCUCAUUACUCAGCAGCUCUGCGUGUCUACGUAUUGAUCCUUCUCAAGGAAUUUUCCACUCCGCAGCUCCCUCUUUUGAUUUACUCGCCUUUUGUGACGCUGACUGGGCGGCUUGUAGAGAUUCUCGUCAUUCUAUUUCCAUUUCCAUCUCCUCUGCUGAAGCAGAGUACAAGUCGAUGCGGCGAGUAACUGCUGAAGUUACUUGGUUAGUUCGCCUUCUCUCUGACCUCUCUGCCACUCCGACUUUGCCAGUUCCCAUUCACUCCGACAGUCAGGCAAUAAUUCACAUCGCCCGGAAUCCUGUCUUCCAUGAGCGUACCAAGCACGUGGAGCUUGAUUGGGAAGCAGAUGUUCUACGGCAAUUUCUCAAGGCUCGACGGGCAACGACUAGUAUUAACCACGGCAACGCGGCUGCCGAGAAACAAAGACGAUCAUCGUCAAAAUUCAGAGUGCCACAGGUAGGAUCAAAGGAAAAUGACAAGAUUUUAGCACUGCCAGGGCAACCAAGUGGGGUGAAUUUUGAUCAAUAUUCAGGAUAUGUUACAGUUGAUGCUAAUGCUGGUAGAGCCUUGUUCUAUCACUUCACUGAAUCAACUCAAGACCCUUCUUCCAAGCCUCUUGUCUUGUGGCUAAAUGGAGGACCUGGUUGCUCUUCGUUUGGGAAUGGAGGAAUGACGGAACUUGGACCAUUCCGCGUCAAUAAAGAUGGAAAAACCUUGUGGCUUAACCCAUUUGCCUGGAACAAUGUGGCAAACGUGCUCUUUUUAGAAUCACCUGCUGGUGUUGGAUUCUCUUAUUCUAAUACUUCAUCAGAUUAUGUUACUGGAGACGAAAAGACUAGACAAGACAGUUUCACCUUUCUCAUAAAUUGGAUGGAAAGAUUCCCAGAAUUUAAACACCGCGACUUCUACAUUAUUGGAGAGAGUUAUGCUGGGCACUAUGUACCUCAACUUGCUCAGCUGAUCUUAUCCCACAAGAAAUCAGAACCCAACCUCGUAAUUAACUUGCAAGGAAUAGCCACAGGAAAUGCCUUCAUUGACGAUGAAACAAUGAGUAGUGGUUCAUACGACUUUUAUUGGACACAUGCACUAAUAUCAGAUGAAAUCCAUGAAGGAAUUGUCUCUAAUUGCAACUUCUCAGCAGAAUUUACCACACAAGCUUGUGAUGAGUACACAGACCAAGCAGAUUCAUCUCAAGGCAAUAUAUACACUUAUAACAUAUAUUCCCAACUGUGCAACUCCUCUGCCUAUUUUUCCCUUCCUAUAUCUGGAUUUGAUCCAUGCUCAGCUGAUUAUGUAGACAAUUACCUAAACACUGUUGAAGUACAAAAGGCACUUAAUGUCAGAGACAUACCCCAGUCCUGGGGUUCUUGCAAUGAUUACAUACACGGCUCUUGGCAAGAUUCCCCAGAUACUGUUCUACCAAUCUUUCAAGAGCUCAUGCAAAGUGGCAUUAGGGUUUGGAUUUAUAGCGGAGACGUAGAUCAUAUUGUGUCUGUAACGACAAGCAGAUACGCUAUAAACAAAAUCAAAACACCAGUCAAAACGCCAUGGUAUCCUUGGUUCUUCCAAGGCGAGGUUGGUGGUUAUGCAGUAGAAUACCAGAACUUGACAUUUGUGACGGUAAGAGGAGCAGGACAUUUUGUUCCAAGCUAUCAACCCGGUCGUGCAUUGACCAUGUUCUCAUCUUUUAUCAAUGGCACACUCUUGCCCAGCUCGCCUGCAAACUUGUUACUUCUAUAUCAAGAUUCAACUGUCGCAGUGCCCAUAAAGCUCUAUGCUCCAACUCCACUGCUCCCUCCAACCUUGAAAGGUGGUCUGCCACUUGGUUUUCUGCCCCUUUUCUAUCGCGUAUCUCCAAAUCAAAUUCUUGUAGCAAAAGAACCUAACGGAUCAAGCGUGGCUUGGACUCCUUCUUUGCUAUUAGGUACCUAA